AUUGCGAAUACGGCGCAUCAGAAGCAGCAGCCGCGCGCUCUUGCCCAAAUUCCAGUAUCUAAGAUGAUACCCUCAUGAAUAACAACUUUGCAGACCAUGGAGACCCAAGACGUGGAAGAUGCAAGCUCCAAGAAGAGAAAGCGCGCGGCAGCAGAGACGGGGCCUUUCGUCCUGCGCAGCCUGCUCCAAGACCUGCCAUUAUCUGCGGAAGGAGACCGAGACGACAUCGAGAUCAAUUGCGUAGAAUUUCUAGACCAGAAUUUAUACGUUGGAACAACAGCCUCGGAGAUCCUACACUUCGUACAAAUCCCUCCUGAUCCUGAAGAUGCUUCAGGACAGCCAUCCUAUAUCCUAGCCUCGAGGCUACCCCCAGCCUUCCACGAACCUCAGACCUCAGUACGACCAGGCGUUCAGCAAAUACUGCUUCUCCCAAAAAUCAAUAAAGCCUGCAUAUUAUGCAAUUGGACAGUUACAUUCUACUCUCUGCCCGAGUUAAGUCCUGUUUUCGGGAGCACUCAGAUUCGAUCAUGCAAUUGGAUUGGUGGCAUUGAUCUCAAUACAGACAUCAAGGAUGUGAAUAAUAAUGGAGGCAAGCCUGCGGUUACCGUGCUAGCAUCUUUGAAUAAGAAGAUACGGGUUAUCAAGAUCAGUGAAGACCCUCGUGGUCUUAGAACGAUUGACUUUGCUGGCAGUACAACAUCGGUUCGCAGAGACUCAAUUGCUUGCGUGGCUGAUUCACGUUCAUACGCCCUGCUCGAUGUUGACCGAUUAGCAAAGAUUCCACUAUUUCCAAUCUCAUCUCUCGAUGAUUCACAAUCAGGAAAUGUUGGUGGCAAGUUUGAAGACAUAUCUGGGAGUAGUGGUGGUGGGAUUUCUAGAAGCACGUCAUCGGCUCAAGGCUAUUCAUCUGGGCAUCAAGAUACCCAGAGUCAUACAAGAAGCACCAGUUUGAGUACACUUAUCAGCGCCCAAUAUUCAAGACAUGGGCGCGGAACAAGUGGAGAUCAUUCUGGUAGAGAAACACCCGAAGGAUUAUUCAGAGAGUCCUCGCCGACACCAACGCGGAGUCCAAUGAGGCCAUUAGCUCGAGAACCCAGUCCCAGCGGAGACAAGCCACUCCCACCACCACCGGCAACUGAAGCUACAAUCGCUGAGCAAACAGCACCUCCGCCCCCUCCGGCUCCAGAACCAAUCUACCUCAAGCCGCAUAUUGUCUCACCAUCCCCUCAGGAAUUCUUGCUGGUUACUGGAACCGGACUGGGGGAUCCUGGUGUUGGCAUGUUUGUGAAUCUCGAAGGAGAUGUCACUCGGUCAACGUUGGAGUUUGACAGAUAUCCUGAGCAAAUUGUUGCAGAUGGUCGAGGGUUCGGAAUAGAUCCGACACCACUGAACAUUGAAGAUGAAGAAGAAGGCUUCAUCCUUGCAUCUAUGACCCGAGACCAAGGUGAAAGCUUUUGUUACGGUAUCGAGAUCCAGCGUUGGGAUCAGGAUCCUGGUGAAGGGGAGACCCAGAAAUAUUGGCUGGACACGCCAGGAGAGAAAGAUCAGACCUCUAAGAUAGGGCUACGUUCUGUUGUCGAUGCUGGAGAUCUCUACUUUCAGGACGUGGUGGACAAGUUACGCUUAAAGCGCUUCCAACCAUUUGCCACAAGAUCUAUGGAUGAGUCUAUCCUAUCCUUGCAUAGUGUAGACUCGAGGACUGCAAUAUCUCUGGAACGCGUCUCUGGUGAGCGAGAGCUCUUCGAAAGUGGCGAGUCACAGCCGGAAGGAUGGGAAGAACAUCGUAACGAAGAAGAGCUGCAAUUUGCUCAGAGAUUGGGUCAUUCACGCACCCGCAUUGUUGCUUGGUCUGGGAAGGACAUCUGGUGGACAGUACGAAAUCCUUUGGCGUUAAGGUUAGAUGCCAGUAUAUCAGACAUGGCAGAGAGCAAGAUUCGAGAUGAUAAAACCUAUCCAUCUCUUGACCGAAUGAAACUUGUUGAAUUAAUCAAUAGCCUUCGAGGUCGAGAGGCGAAAACAGAGACAGAAUUUCUGAGUCUGGGAUACAUCAGGCAACGAGCGGGCUUACUUCUUUUCAUGAGUGGACUGGACGUACUUGCAGGGCCACCAUCAGAACCAGAGUACCGGAUUGCUGAAGACGCUCUACUAGAAGGUGGUCUCGAUCCACGUGUAAUUCUGGCAAUCUUACCAUAUCUCAGAAACGAGAUCAUCGAAGGCAAAUCAGGCAUUUGGGUACAUGGUGGCGUCAAGGAUGUAGCAGACAGCUUCAUCACCAACAGCUCCACGAAUAGUGAGAAUCCCAGGCAGGAUAAUGCCAUGUCGGACCACAUUUUGCAGUUUCUCAAGCGAUUCCUGGCCGCAUGGCGAAAGAAGAAGGGAUUUGGCAGCAUAGCCAAUGAGAAAGAAGUAUUUAAGAGCGUCGAUGCAGCACUUCUCAUUGUCCUUCUUCAGCUGGACAAAUCAAGCCCUGCUGGCGUUCCCAGAGGAAGAUCUGUGAGAACGGAACUCUACGACCUAGUUGAUCACGGCGUAGAUUGUUUCGAGAGAGCUAUUUCCUUACUCGAAUCCCACAAUCGACUAUAUGUUCUCAGUCGACUUUACCAAAGCCGCAAGAUGGCUGCGGAAGUGCUUGCGACUUGGCGCAGGAUUGUAGAAGGUAAAGUCGAUGAAGGGAGAGAAUUCCGUGACGGUGAACAACGGGUCAGAGAAUAUCUGGCCAAGAUUCGAAAUGCGGCUUUGGUACAGGAGUACGGGGUCUGGCUAGCUGCACGCAAUCCAAAGCUAGGAGUGCAGGUCUUCGCGGAGGACAAGAGUCAAGUCAAAUUCGAGCCAACUCAAGUUGUCGAAAUUCUUCGAAGCGGCGCCCCAGGUGCGGUCAAGGAAUAUCUCGAGUAUCUAGUGUUCAGCAAGAAUCACGCGGAAUAUAUCAACGAACUGAUCGCAUACUAUCUCGAUAUUGUCACCAUGAAGCUGGAGCAAUCAAAAGAAGCCAGGGCGAUCUUGGCACAGACAUAUGAAUCGUAUCGGGCUCUACGUCCACCAAAACCAACGUACAGGCAGUUCAUUACGGACAACGCUUUAGAUGAAGAGUGGUGGCAUAGUCGACUCCGACUGCUUCAGCUUCUCGGAGGUAGUCAAGGCUCUGCAUCGCAAUACGAUGUAGCUGCGAUUCUCGAAAGAAUAGCUCUGUAUACCCAAGAAUUAGUUCCUGAGAUCAUCAUUCUUGAUGGGAGGCAAUCUCAUCAUGAGGAAGCCCUUCGGCUGUUGACUCACGGUUUAGGGGACUAUGACACAGCAAUCAACUACUGUCUCCUAGGUGGCUCAAGCAUAUACCAUCCGGUUUCCGGCACAGUGGCAAGGCAGAGCCUCCCUUCACGAGAGCAGCAGGCCGAGCUUUUCGGAUACUUAUUAUCGGAGUUCUUGAAGAUUGAAGAUAUCAGUAACCGCAUCGAACAGACCAGUAAUUUGCUCGAGCGGUUCGGCGGCUGGUUCGACAUCGGUCAUGUACUGAGCUUAAUUCCUGAUAAUUGGUCUGUUGAAUUAGUAUCCGGAUUCCUCGUCAGUUCUUUGAGGCGCAUUGUUCGAGAACGUAGCGAGACGAUGAUUGCGAAGGCCUUAAGCGGCGCAGAGAAUCUGAAGACUACCGCAGAUCUGAUUGGGAAGAUUGAUGCUGCUGGACCUUCUGUGGAGGCCUAGGAAAUCGAUAAUGUAUGAUUGUAGAUAGAUAAUGAAGUGGCCAAGCUGGCCAGAUUACUCAAAGGUACGUACGUCCAAAUCGUCAGUGGCAGGUACAAGACGUGAGAGUCAAAGAGCUUCGAUUCGAACCAUCAAGGUGAUGGACAUGAAAGCCGCGGUCCACUUUUGCCUUUGAGCAUAAGACAAGGAAACUCAAGGCUGCGUGAAGGCUGCGUGAAGGCUUAGCCUGAUCAAAUAACCAUCAAGG